AAAUCAAAGCUCGGGAUUUUCUCCAGGUUUAAAGAUCCCAGCGAUUUUAUCUAGUUAAAGAUCGUUUUUUUCCCUAGCGCGUAUUUACAGGUUCUUUAGGUCUUGGCAGGAAACACCUUAGAUGGGGCCGGGCUUGUUUAUGCAAGGGCCCGUGCGUCAGUAUAUCUUCUGGCUUUCUCUGCAACUAACUAACUCGAUAUUGCACAGGUGUAGUUGUGAAGGGGCAAAAAUGUCUUCAGAUAUCGAACAGCCAAUAUUGGGCAGGCCCAGGAGGAAGAAAAUCUGGGUGGAUUACUUUGUGAACUUCAGAUGGAUCAUAGUCAUAUUUGUGGUGCUGCCUCUCUCUUUCACUUUCUAUUUCCUGGGCUACUUGGGGGACGUCUGGUCUGAGAGUAAGUCCUUUAAGAGGAGACAGAAAGAGCAUGAUGAAAAUGUCGAGAAAGUCAUCAAGCGCCUCAAGCAGAGAGACCCAUCGAAAGAUGGCCUUGUUUGUACUGCCAGGAAGCCCUGGAUUGCAGUGGGUAUGCGCAAUGUGGACUACAAGAGAGCCAGACAUUUUGAGGUGGAUCUCUCUGCUUUCAGAAAUAUACUUGAAAUUGAUAAGGAGAGAAUGGUGGCCAGAGUGGAGCCUCUGGUGAAUAUGGGUCAGAUUACGAGGGUGACUGUGCCCAUGAAUCUGGCCCUUGCAGUUGUGGCUGAGCUAGAUGAUCUUACUGUUGGAGGUUUGAUCAAUGGGUAUGGUAUUGAGGGGAGUUCCCACAUUUAUGGGCUAUUUGCUGAUACUGUUGUGGCGUAUGAGAUUGUUUUGGCAGAUGGAAGAUUGGUUAGAGCUACAAAAGAUAACGAGUUUUCUGAUCUAUUCUAUGCAAUCCCAUGGUCUCAGGGUACUUUGGGUUUACUGGUAGCAGCAGAGAUUAAACUCAUACCAGUCAAGGAAUACAUGAGACUGACAUACAAGCCUGCGAAGGGCACUAUCAGAGAGUUGGCUCAGGCUUAUAUUGAUUCUUUUGCACCCAGGGAUGGAGAUCAGGACAACCCCUCCAAGGUCCCUGAUUUUGUAGAGGGUAUGAUCUAUAACCCCACUGAAGGUGUGUUUAUGACAGGGAGAUAUGCCUCAAAAGAAGAGGCGAAGAAAAAGGGUAACGUAAUUAACAGUGUUGGUUGGUGGUUCAAGCCCUGGUUCUAUCAGCAUGCUGAGACUGCACUUAAGAGAGGGGAAUUUGUUGAGUAUAUUCCUACUAGAGAGUACUAUCACAGGCAUACAAGGUGUCUCUAUUGGGAGGGGAAGCUCAUUUUGCCAUUUGCUGAUCAAUGGUGGUUCAGAUGGACGCUUGGAUGGCUGAUGCCUCCCAAGGUUUCUUUUCUUAAGGCUACUCAGGGAGAAGCUAUCAGAAACUAUUACCAUGAAAUGCAUGUAAUCCAGGACAUGCUUGUUCCUCUGCACAAGGUUGCAGAUGCACUUGAAUUUCAGCAUCGCGUGAUGGAGAUCUAUCCAAUUUGGGUUUGUCCUCAUCGUCUUUUCAAGCUCCCUGUGAAGACGAUGAUUUAUCCACAGCCUGGUUUUGAGUUGGAACACAGGCAAGGUAACACAGAAUAUGCUGAGAUGUACACAGAUGUUGGAAUUUAUUAUGCUCCAGGUCCUGUCUUGCGUGGUGAAGCAUUUGAUGGGGCAGAGGCAGUACGGAAAAUGGAGAAAUGGCUAAUUGAGAACCAUGGCUAUCAACCCCAAUAUGCAGUUUCAGAAUUAAAUGAGAAAGACUUCUGGCGCAUGUUUGAUGGUUCUCUCUACAACCGCUGCAGAGACAAGUACAGAGCUGUGGGAACUUUCAUGAGCGUCUACUAUAAAAGUAAGAAGGGAAGAAAAACUGAAAAGGAGGUUCAAGAGGAAGAGCAAAAGCAAUACGAGAGUGGAUAUGCUGAAUUAGAUCAACCUAUGGACUAAGCAUAAGAGUCAUGAUGCCUGGAGGGCUUAUAAUUUUGAUGUGGGUUUCUGAUUUCAACUUCUUUUAUGACAAUCUGUGACUCUUUGUGUGACUAAAUAGAGUUAGGAAUUGCUAGUUGCACAUGUUGCUUUAGUCUUGCAUAAUUUUCUGUUUUUUUAGGCCUGUUCCAAGCCUAUUUCAUAUCAUAGGUGGUACAUUUACAGGAGAAGCUUUUCUGUAUUCAUGUCAUUCUGCUGGUUUGUGAUUUAAUGAUACUUUAAAAAGCUUCUGGUGCUUCACCACGUGUAAGGAAUGCAGCUCACAGAUUUUAGCCUUAGAAUGAAGAAAUAUAUGUCAUUUGCUGUAAAGGACAUACCUUUACAGAUUGCAUUCUACUGAUGUAAAAAUUUGAGUUGCUUAUGAAUAACAUUUGAGGGAGCUUAGUGUUUA